AUGUUUUCUAAUCAAAUUCUUGCCAUCUCUCAUUCACAAUCUGAUCAACCCCAUCCAUCACAAACAACUGAUAUUCAAUCAAAAACACGUUGUGAAUACUGUCGACGAAAAUGGAAGAAGAUUCUUUUGACGAGCCUAAUAACAGCACUAAUGAUGACCAUAGGCGUUAUCGUAGUAAUAAUUAUGGCAAAGAAAAAUUCAAUCACACUGAUCACUGUCACAAUAGUGAAAAAGACAACAAUGACAAAGUCAACUACUACGGCCACAGCAGCUGUGACGACCAGCACAACUAGUACAAUGAGAGAAUGGAUACUGGAAGGCGAAACAUGCAUCUUCCGUUAUUAUUAUACCGCAACUGUACUGCAAAAUGGAAAGGUAUUGAUCACCGGUGGACACAGUCGCAAAGGAGUUCUUCGUGAAUGUGAACUAUAUGAUCCAUCAAGAGAUCUAUGGAAACUCGCUGCAAACAUGUCUGUCACGAGGAAAGAUCAUACUGCAUCUUUGUUAACUAAUGGUUUAAUCCUAGUGACUGGUGGUGAAAAUUCUGACGGAGUGGUUUCGACUGCUGAACUGUACAAUGCAUCAGCGAACACAUGGACAAAUGCACUAAGCAUGAUCCAUCAACGAUCGGGACACACAGCCACUAUACUGCAGAGUGGAAAAGUGCUCGUUGUAGGUGGCUGGAACAAAAGAGAAAGGCGUCCAGAUACUGCUGAACUAUACGAUCCUCGAACAGGUGUUUGGACAGCUACUCAAAACAUGAUCUGCAGUCGUGCACAUCAUACAGCAUCUCUGUUAACAAAUGGAAAAGUUCUAAUCACUGGUGGAUCGACGCUUUGCUCCAUAGGUAUGUCCCCAAAGACGAGCGAGUUGUGCGAUCCGAUAGCAGAUGCGUGGAUAAGAACAAAUGACACGAACAUUGACCGCACUCAUCAUACAGCAACUGUGCUCCAAGAUGGAAGAAUGUUGGUAACUGGUGGACACGACGGCGGGCGAGAAUUUACUGAAUUGUUUGAUCCCUUGACGAAUCAAUGGACUAUGACAGGUAAUAUGAACUUCCCACGUUAUGCUCAUUCGGCAGUUUUGUUACCAAACGGAAAAGUCUUAGUCACUGGUGGAGGUUAUGAUACCUUGAUGAAUAGUGCUGAGCUGUACGAUCCAUCAACUGAUAUCUGGACAAUUACUCGAAAUAUGAAGUCGGCACGCUUUUAUCACACAACGUCUCUGCUACCAAAUGGAAAAGUAUUCAUUUUUGGUGGAGCUUCUCCUUAUUCCGAGAAAUUUUCAGAAAUUUAUUAA